AAGGGCCAGAGGACAGUUCAAAAGCUGCAAACCACACACAGCAACUUAAGAUAGGCUCCCGGAAGAAACGGGCGAUCUAUGAUCCUCCUUUUCUUCUUAUAGGAUGCGACAAAACUCCAAUCGCGCGUCCCGCUCUCGUUCUCACAUACAACAUGGGAAGAAGGAGAAAGGAAAUCCACCAACUCCAUUGCUUUCCUGUCUACUGUACUAGGGUUAAUGCCUUGAAACAGUAGCAUCUUUCUCUCUCCUGGGUUUUGGAUCUUUUGAUUAGGGUUUUCCAAAUCUUCAACUGUUUUUUUUCAUCUGGGUGAUUUUGUUUCUAGAUUUUCAACGGUUUUCCUCAUCUGGGUCGUUUAAGAAAUGGAUGAUUACUCUCAUCUGAACGAGAAUACUACUAAUAGAGGUAGUUUCAUAUAUGCUGUCCCUGCGAAUACACCGAAUCCUUCUGUGUAUGUCCAGAGCAGCAACAGCAGCGGCUCCUCCAUGCAGCAGCAGCAGCAGCAGCAGUCUCUUCCUGUAGGCUCUUUCCACCAUCAGUCAGGUGAGUGCUUUCCUACUCUUGCAGUGAAGAUGGAAGGGAGCUCUUCGCAGCAGCAGCAACAGCAGGAAUUCCACUACCCUUUUGUUGUAAGAGGACCAGUGCAACAGCAGCAGCAGCAGCAACAACAACAACAAGGGAAUGGAAGCUCCAACGAUGUGGAUGCAAUCAAGGCGAAGAUCGUAUCCCACCCGCAAUAUUCUCACCUUUUGGAAGCAUACAUGGGCUGCCAAAAGGUGGGAGCUCCACCGGAAGUAGUGGCCCGCCUCACGGCGAUCGGGAGAGAGUUUGAAGCACGGCAUCGCUCAAUCAACUGCAGCAAUGCUGCAACAGACCCCGAACUCGACCAGUUCAUGGAAGCCUACUGUAAUAUGCUGGUGAAAUACCGAGAAGAACUAACAAGGCCUUUGCAAGAAGCCAUGGACUUCAUGAAAAGAAUAGAAUCGCAGCUAAAUUCACUAAGCACCGGAUCUGUCCGCGUUUUCUCUUCAGAUGAAAAAAUCGAGGGAGUUGGUUCGUCGGAAGAGGAUCAAGACGGUAGCGGGGGCGAAAUGGAACUUCCUGAGAUUGAUCCACGUGCUGAAGAGAGGGAACUUAAACAUCACCUUCUGAAGAAGUACAGUGGAUACUUGGGCAGUCUUAAGCAAGAGCUUUCCAAGAAAAAGAAGAAAGGGAAGCUGCCUAAGGAUGCUCGGCAGAAGUUACUCAACUGGUGGGAGAUGCACUAUAAGUGGCCAUAUCCGUCGGAGACCGAGAAGGUAGCCUUGGCAGAAUCUACGGGUCUUGACCAGAAGCAGAUCAAUAACUGGUUUAUAAACCAAAGGAAGCGUCAUUGGAAACCGUCGGAGGACAUGCAAUUCGUGGUUAUGGAUGGCCUCCAUCCUCAGAAUGCAGCUCUCUACAUGGACAGCCACUUUAUGGGUGAUGCUUCUUACCGCUUCGGCCCAUGAUCGCGUGCCAAAUUUCAAUGAACCGAUGCCACCUACGGGUUGCACCGGAGAAGGGACCACGAUCAUUGUUUGGGGGUGCAUGCAACAUGUUACUCUUUGAUGGGUCCUGUUCUUGAAGAGAAAGGACCCAGUGCUAUCAAUAUUAUCUCAGUUAUCAAUCAUUCAGUAAGGAUAUAUCUGUACAUUUGGUGCAUUUCCGUGAGAUCUGGACUCUUCAUCAAUUGCACUGGACCAUUGAGGAGGCAUACUUUGAAAAUCCUAUCCACGGCUGGGAGGCAACCACUGGUUGGCGUUCGAUGGGCAAAAACUUCUUCCAUCUGUAUAGGGUAUAAUCCGAAUGCUGUGAUUUUUGCCACAUGGCCUGCCGCAAUGAGGUAUGAUUGAUGAAUUGUCUCGGACAGAUGUCAAACAUGUGUAAACGCAUGCAUGGAAAUUGAGUGCUUGGUAACUAGGGUUUUAGGGUUUUAGGGUUUAGCAUUUGUAUAGUGUGGCCUAGUUCCGUCAGUAUGCUGUGAUGGUUGUGUAUCAUUUUCUUAUGUAAGCUUAGAUUUUCUACCUUUUCAACUGGAGAAUGGCUUCAAUGCGUUGAAUGUUCUCCUUGUGAAAGGAAGAAAGUAGUAGCCAAAUGAUUAUUAAUGUUCUCCUUGUGGAAGGAAGAAAGUAGUAGCCAAAUGAUUAUUAAUGUUCUCCUUGUGGAAGGAAGAAAGUAGUAGGCAAUGAUUAUUUUCCUGA